AUGCCAAACAGACGCCUCCACGACGAUGUCAGUGCCUUUGUUAGUCUCGCGACCGGGAGCGUUCUAGGGCGGCAAGCCGAGUUCCCGCUCAAGCGCACGCGUUUCCGCGAAUGUUGUCGUAGCCGCUUAGCACGCGCUGCAGCGCGUCGCGCAGUUGCGUGCAACCUGAACCGUCAGGAAACAGAAUCGAAGAAGGGUCCAACGCGAGCGAAAAACCAGCUUGGAGAGGGCUCGCGGCCCGCGUCCAAAACGUACGGCUCCUCUGGCGCGACUCCGAAACGGUUAGAGUCCAUCGAAGGUAGUCGAAAGUUUCGCUACAUCGCCGGGAACAAAGGUCCCGACAUCUGGCUCGUUGUCGCAAUUCUGAGUAUACUUUUGCCGAUUCUUUUCAUAGCGUGGGCGUUCAAAACCGGUAUUGUGGACCCUUCUGGGUACUGA